AAUCAUUUUUAAAAACCAUUAAUUAAAAAACCCAAUAAAAACUAAAUUUCAUAUCACAAUGAGAUAUUUAUCUCGUAUAUUUCAACCAGUUAUAACAAUACCAAAGAAUGCUAAGAUAAAGAACACGGAAAUAACAUGUAAAAGUCAGAAGCUGUUACUAGAAUGUGGUUUAGUCCGCCCAACUACAUCUGGCUUCUUCACUCUUCUCCCCUUGGCACGUAGAGCACUGGAUAAACUUGAGAACCUCAUUAAAACCUGCAUAGAAUCUUCUGGAGCGCAAAGACUGUCAUUGCCGGCUCUCACGUCAGCGGGGCUGUGGGCGAAGACUGGCCGCCUGGAGAAUGCUGCUGCAGAGCUAUUGACCCUGGAAGAUAGACACAACAAAAAAUAUCUGUUGGCUCCGACAUACGAAGAGGCAAUCGCGGAGUUAUUGUCAGACCUCAAGCCGAUCUCAUACAAGCAACUACCGAUUAUAUUAUAUCAGAUUAGCAAUAAAUACAGGGACGAAUUGCGGCCGAAACACGGGCUGCUCAGGGCGAGGGAGUUCUCGAUGCUGGACGCGUACGGAGCGCACGCCUCCUCGGCCUGCGCCCUCCAGGUCUACGGACGGAUGGCAACCGCCUACGAGCAUCUAUUCCGCGCCCUACACUUGAAAGUGCACAAAGUCGAAGCUCCGUCGGGCGAUAUGGGAGGAAGCUUCUCGCACGAGUGGCAGCUCGCGGCGACCUCGGGCGAAGACCAGAUAAAAGUCUGCCCGUCCUGCUCGCACGCGGCGCUCUUGAACGAUGAGGGAACGAGAUGCCAGAGCUGUGGGAAGGACGCGGAAAUCUUGCAAAGUAUAGAGGUUGGCCACACGUUCAUCCUGGGCACGAAGUACAGUGAGGCUCUGGAGGCGACGUACUGCCCCCCCUCGGGGCCCCCCCUGCCCAUCAUCAUGUCGUGUUACGGCAUCGGCAUCACAAGGUUAUUGGCGGCGAGCUUAGAAGCUUUAUCAACCGAGAAAGCUCUGCGUUGGCCGAAAGCUAUAGCCCCGUAUUCGGCAAUCAUCAUUGGGCCCAAGGAAGGCUCCAAAGAAUGGAAUGAUCACGGCAUGGACCAGGUUAAGUUGGUCUACGAUGCUUUGAAUAGUGUACCGGCUCUGAGGUCCGAUGUGCUGGUCGACGACCGCCACGGCCUCACCAUCGGAAAGAGAUUGCUCAUGGCUGAUAAAAUGGGAUAUCCGAUAGUAAUAGCGUGCGGUAAAGAAUCAAGCAGUAAUCCCCCGAGAUACGAAGUGACCAUCGACGGCGCGACGCAGCUGUGCACUGCACAGGAGCUGGUGCAGACCCUAUCUGAUAAAUACACGCACUUGGAAUAUUGUACAUAA